GACAUACUUAAAUACAUUAUACUGCCAGUGCCAGCCACUCAUUUUAAAUUGCGUUCCCGGACAUACGGCAAUGGAGUUAGUGGCCGGUGCUAGUUCAAAUUGUUUAAAGUUGUCCGGCGUUCGUAGUUAGCAUAAAAUAUGCUGUCCCGAUGCAAUUUUCUCGCAAUAGCGAGAUUGAACGUGUUCGUCCCUCGUCGGCUGUUCGUUUCUUGUACGGGUUGUUUAUGCAAGUGUACAACCACAACGUCCGGACAGAGGAAACAACAAUUUUGUCGCGACCUCGGAAGUUUUACCGCCGCACACAACCUUAGAUCACACAUACAUUACACUUGCGGCAGACAACAGACUAUGACUACAAUGACUCCGCCGCCGCCGCCACCACCGCCGGACGACGACAAGUCGCAAAGUAUCUUCCAGAGGUUCAAGAACAUGGCCAAAAAGUACUGGUACAUUGUGCUACCCGUUCACCUGGUUACAUCGACCGUAUGGUUUGGUUCGUUUUACUUCAUUGCCAGCAUAUGCGAUGUGCCCGCCCUGUUGGAAAAGUUGGGCAUUCCCGAUUAUAUUAUUGACAAAGUAAGGGACGGCAACUCAUGGACCAGUUACUUGGUUAUUGCCUAUGGUCUGUAUAAAAUUUUUACGCCACUCAGAUAUAUGGUAACACUAGGCGGCACUGGUAUGACCAUACGGUAUUUGAAAAGAAUAGGGUAUGUAAUCGGUGAACCGUCAUGUCCCAAGAAGCCAUAAACAUUAUAAAGACGCACAUUACUCUAUAGUAUAUUUAUAAGAUUGUUUGAAUAUGUUAAUGAAUAGAUAAAAGUCUAUUGUGAUUUUAUAAUUUUCUGUAAUAUCUAUAACAAACAUAAUAUUUUAAUGUUGUAAAAGUGUUAUCACAAUAUAUUCUAUUAGAUG